CACUAACUAAAUCCGUGUUAAAUAACAUGUUUUUGCACGCUGGAAAUAUUUUUCAAGUUGUUCUCCCAUAUUCCUGAGGAAUUUAUCAGCAGGUCUUCUGCGAGACUGUUUGGCGGAACAUGAAACUGGAAUUGGGGUGGAUGAGUGAGCCUGGUGGGGACGUUGAUGAACUCGAGGGAGCGUCUGUCGUGGGAGAUGGUGAUCUAUUCUUACAGGCCUCAAUAUCGCUCCUUUCUCCUCCUCCUCUCUGUAUAUCGAGACUCGUCAAUGAACAACUUGGUGUCGAAUUUCCUUGGCCUCUGCUCAGCCUAUUGGGCAUGGCGUCUAAUAAGAAUGAAGUAUAAUGAGCAGAAUGACUCUUUUUUGGUUAGCAAUGGACACUAUUAUAAGGACACUGCAAACAAGGAAAAGGCAACGAUAUCUCUGUGAGGUAUCGGAUACCUGAACUGCUGCGGCCCUCGUAAUAUCCUUUUUCAAAGAAGCUGCACGCAUUCAUGGCGUUC